AUGAAGAGCAAUCAGUCCUAUAACAUUCAAGUGGUCAAGCGAAAGGACAAUAUCAGCCCACAUGCAGAGCUGAGCAAGGAAGACAAGAAUGUUGCUACAGUCAACUUUCUCAGUGAACUCUGGGACAUUGUUGCACACGACAACCAGUGGAGAGACGAAGAACUGAAGAAGUCUCUUAUGCUAUUUCCCACCGAGAAUAUCAUAAUGGUGAAAGGAGAAGACUGGCAAAUCUACAUCGCAAUCCGUGUACGCCAGAUUGUUGGGGCCCCUCCCGGGACAGAGGACGAGCGGUUGCUCUGCAGUCGGGAGUUUGUCACCAAGCACAUCAAUAUCAUUUUAUCGCUUGAGGAAAAUACUGCAGCGACUUAUGAUCCGCCGAACGCAGGGCUCAGCGCUGCCGAUUGGGUCCACUAA